AUGUAUUGAAUGUCAUGCCUGUUAUUUAGACUAGAAUCUGACUGUAUUUUUUUUUUUUUUCAUUGAGGUUGUUACUGAUCUAGCUGGUCCGGGUUUGUUUGGAUAAGGAGAGGCGGUGUUUCGAAACGUCAGAGCUUUACACUUGAUUUUAUCGGGGUUGAGUUUAUAUGUUUUGAGACUUCCGACUUUAGGCGACAGUGCGGUGCUCUACUGCGGAACACAACUGCAAAUUUCUGUGAAUGAAGGGCUCUUAAAUCGAUCAGAAAAUGUCAGGCACAAAGGGCUCAUCGCUAUGUCGCCUGGGUCUAAUAGUGACGCUGGCUUGUAUCAUCUCUCUGAGCUUGAUGUUUGUCAUGUUUCAAUCUCCAAAAAACUGUCCUCUUCCACCUCCUAGACCUGAACAAAGUUUGUCUCCUGAGAGCAAGAGCUCUCUUACUAAUGCAAUAGAAGACAAACCCGUUCUUCUACUUUGGUUCUGGCCGGAAAAUUACAGGUUUGACUUCAGCGACUGCAAAACAAUUUACAAUAUCGACAAUUGUCAUGUGACGGAUGAUCGAUCUCUCUACGACAAUGCAGAUGCUGUCCUCAUUUUUCACAAAGCCAUCAGUUGGGACCUGACCAACCUUCCUCAAUCUCCUCGUCCUCCGUUCCAGAGGUGGAUUUGGUUUCAUGUCGAAUCGCCAACCAACACCCAUAGAAUACCAGGUCUGGAAAACCUGUUCAAUCUCACUCUCAGCUACAGACAUGAUGCUGAUAUUCCUGUACGGUUGAAAUUAAACACUAGGAAGAAACCAGAUACGGAGUUUGUAAUUCCCAAAAAGGACAAACUGGUGUGUUGGAUUGUGAGUAACAAUGCUCCCUCAACAGGUGUUGGCACUAGGAACAAGUUUUACCAAGAAUUCAGCAAACACAUCCAAGUGACUAUGUUCGGAAAGGCUUAUUCAAAGUUCUUGGAUCCUAGCGAAUACUAUCCCACCCUAGCUAGCUGCAAGUUUUACCUUUCCUUUGAGAACUCCAUCCACAAGGACUACAUCACUGAGAAAAUAAAUGGGCCGUUUGCUGCAGGAACCGUCCCUGUGGUUCUGGGUCCUCCUAGAAAAAACUAUGAAAACUUUGUUCCCGGCGAUUCCUUCAUUCAUGUGAACGACUUCCCAGAUCCAAAGUCACUAGCAGACUAUCUGCUUCAGCUGGACAAGGACGACGAAGCGUACCGCAGGUACUUUAACUGGAGGAAAUAUCUCUAUCCAACUCCUCAUUUAGUACAACAACUCCAAGAGUUUAUUCUGCCUAUUUGCACCGCCUGUGACCAUAUAGGACGACACAGAGAAUAUAAACAAGCUCAUGAUCUCUAUGAAUGGUAUUUCAACUGAAGUCACCAAUGAUUCAUUUUUGGAUAAUCAUUAUAGGUUUGCUUGUGUAAGGAUGUAUAAAAAGUCUUUUUCGAGAUACUGUAUUUUUAAUAUCAUUUUGUAACCUUUUACUAAUCAAUUAAACCAUAAACAAUUAUUGCACAAGCACUCGUGGAACAGUCCAUAAGUUUUACACUUUUGGCGUGACUCAUGAACUUGUUUUAUAGUCUCUAUGCAGGAGGCAUUGUGAACAGAACAAUACACGCUAAUGUCUGUAAUGUAAGAUGCCUAAGACAGAACUAGGCUACAGGUCUGAGACAAACCACGUGUGACACGUGACCCCGCAAGUGCCUUGGUGGAGUGACCUCUCACAGAACUGGCAGAUCUGGCUCAGGCCAUGAAGAUGAGAUGAACUGCAGGACUUAAAGCAGACUCGUCAUUCAAUGUCUGAGUUGUUAAAUCUCAAAUAUUUAAAUAAAGCAGUUGUAAUUGAAAGGACAUUACUUGAGUUUUAUACAGAUUUUCAUGUCUUUCAUUGUUGCCUGGUUGUUUCUUUUAAUACAAAUGGGGAACAGAUUGUAAGCAAAUAAAACUGGUUAACACUGAUUCAUCCUUGG